AUGAUCGUUGCAAAUUUCUUCAAAAUGAUGGAAUUAAACUUUACUGUCAUCGAACGAGGAUCUGAAAUCGGCGGAACUUGGUACUGGAACUCCUACCCGGGAAUCGGCUGCGAUGUCCCAAGCCAUCUCUAUUCGUUUUCUUUUUACCUCAAGCCCAACUGGACACAUCUGUUCUCUUAUGGUGCGGAGAUUCAUAAGUACAUGAUGAGCUGCUUCUACCACUUUGGUCUUGGAGAUAACAUAGGAAGGGGUCAGUUUAUUUUCAGGGUCUGUAGUAUCAACAAGACGAGUUGUUGGUGUCUGAUCCCAAAAAAAGAAUUUGGAACAGAAAUAACCCGAGCUUUCUGGAAUGAUAAGACUAGACUUUGGGAGAUCACAAAACUCAAAGAUGGCAAAACGACAGAAGAGUCCUACAAUGUUCUGAUCUCAUGCGCCGGUGGACUUCAUCGGCCAAACUGGGGAGGAUUCAAAGGAGUUGAGAAAUACAAAGGCCUCAAGGUUCAUACAACUCGUUGGCCUCAAGAUCUCGACUUGACGGGAAAACACGUUGGAAUAAUUGGUUCUGGAGCAUCUUCGAUACAAAUUAUACCGACUAUCGUUCGCGACUUUCAAAUUAAAAAGCUUGUCCAUUUUCAAAGAAAUGCAGCCUUCGUUCUACCACGAUAUCAAUUUGCAUAUUCCGAUCGGGCAAAAUCGAUUCUGUCCAUCUUCCCCUUUGGUAUUCUCUACAGAUGGUCCCAGUAUCUCAUCCGUGAGAUAGGCUUUUUCGUUCUCUUGCGUUUCUGGAAACUUGGCGUUAACAAGCUCGUUCAAAAACUUCAUGCGGCUGGUAUCAGAAAAUAUGUAAAGGACAAACGCGUAGCAGAAGCGAUGGUACCCGAUUACACUAUGGGGUGCAAACGAGUCUUGAUAUCGGACGAGUUCUACUCCGCACUCAAUACGCCCUGCUACCAUUUGGACAACUCUGGAAUUGUUGAACUCAGCGAAAAGGGUAUCAUUACAAAAGAUGCAGAACAUGAGCUGGACGUGAUUAUAUUUGCAACAGGAUUCGACAUGUCCUCGAAUUUUAAUUUCUUGGUUGAGCACAACCCACAUCUUGAGAUGCUGAGGCACGAUGCUGAGAAGAAGACUUUCUGGGGAAUAUUUUAUCCAAAGGUGCCAAAUCUUGUUGCUUUAUUGGGGCCUAUGACCGCUCUCGGACAUAGUUCAAUUAUUUUCAUGAUUGAAUGCCAAUUGCAAGCGAUUAUAAACGUCAUCAAAAUGCUUUUCGAGGAACGAAAAGAUUGUUUCGUGGUUACUGAUAAAGCGGUGAAUGAAUGGAACGAAGAAUGGAUCGAGCGAAUCGAGAAUUCAAUCUGGGCCCGAUCAACCUGCGUCAGUUGGUACCAGAAAGGAGACCCGAACAAUCGAGCAUGGGUGCUAUGGCCCGGCUCCACCAUCGAAUACUGGUGGCGAACCAGAAAUAUUCCAAAGAAAAAUUUCGACUUCUUCAACUAA